AUGGAUAAAGAAACUGCAAGUACCCAAAAAAUUGAAGAGGGCGGUGUGAUAAUCGAAGGAGGGGCAUUUUACAACCCAGCCCAGAAAUUCAACAGAACCCUUACGAUAAAGGUCAUAAAUAAUUUCAUUAGGGCAACUUCUAAAGAAGGGGUGUCUCUUCUUGAGUGUAUGUCAGCCACUGGGCUUAGAGGCAUACGGUAUGCAAAAGAACUAGAGGGGUCUAAUAAAAUAGUAAUGAAUGAUAUAUCCUCAGCAGCAUGUGAGAGUAUAAUAAAUAACUGUGCCAAGAAUGGAAUAGGUGCAGGAAUAAACCAGGAAAUCGCAACAGGCACCACAACAGUAGAAAUAAGAAACGAAGACUGUAGAUCACUUAUGCUAAACAGAAAGAGAGAGUUUGAUGUAAUUGAUAUUGAUCCAUUUGGCACGUGCUCUCCGUAUAUUGAAACUGCAUUAGAGGGGCUUAAAGAAGGAGGACUUCUUUGUGUUACAUCAACGGACACAAAGGUGCUCUGUGAUAAGCCGCCUGAGUCGUGCUAUAAGUACUAUGGCUCUGUUUCUAUGAACAAUUCGUAUUCGCAUGAAAUAGCAGUGCGAAUAGUGCUGUCAUACAUUUCCAGAGUAGCUGCUAAGUCUGGUAAGUUUAUUGAGCCGCUAGUUAGUCUUUCAAUGGACUUUUUCAUUCGGGUAUUCAUUCGGGUCAGUAGCAGUAAGCAGCAGUCUAACUAUUCCCUCUUAAAAAAUAAGAACUAUUUCAUGUGCACUUGCUUAAAUAGAGAAGUACUUCCAAUUCUAAAGAAAGAGGAGAAUAAAGACGUGUUUAGGCACCAGAAAUUGCCUGUAUGCACUGUAUGCAGACUCUGUAAGAGACAAUUUGGUAUAUAUGGACCAUUCUGGGAUGGGCCGCUGCAUAAUAAAGACUUUUUAGUCGGAGUUAUAGAUUCUAUAGAUGAGUCAGACAUACAGAGCAAGACUGGUGGGGUUAAAGAAACAGCACACACUUUGCCACAAAUAAACAGAAGAAUUCAUGGGAUGCUGUGCAUGGCGCGAGAUGAAAUAGAUGAAAUGUUCUAUUAUUCAAUUCCAACAAUUGCUUCUGUUCUGUCAUUCCCUGUGCCGCCCCUUCCCAUGAUUAUUUCUUUCCUACACAGAAAUAACAUAACAGUUUCUUUAACGCACUGCAAGCCAAAUGCAAUUAAAACAAGCGGCGAGAUAGAGUAUGUAUACUUAGCAGUUAUAUUAUACUAUGAAAGAAUAAAGCCAGAGAUAUAUGCUGUAUAUAAUGACAGACUAACAGGAAAAAGACAGGACAUUGACAAAAAUACGCAUAACUUAAUGAUGUAUUUAGAUGAGUAUAAAAGAAAUAAGAGCAUUAUUAUAGACUUUACAGUAGAAUCGCGCUCAGCUGACAUAACAUCAAGAAAGUAUCUUAAAUUCCAAGACAAGUCUGGUUUAGGAUGGGGGCCAAUGAAGAAGUAAUAAAAAGCAU